AUGAGCAAAAACCAGCAGCAAACUGAAUCAAUUGAAAAUCGUCCAAAGGAUGGCAAAGUCGAAUCCGCAGAAACAAAUAAUGAAAACGAUUCGUUAGAUCGUGCUGAUGGAUCUCGGGAUCAGGCACACGCGCAAGAGUCUAUUGAAAUAUAUGAAGUUAGCUCUGAUCAGCCUCGGGACGCUCAGACUCCCUUUCCAAUGCCUGGUUUUAAGAAAAAGACACGUCAGACUGAAACUAAGGACCUUGCAACCGGUUCCGAUUCGUCUAAAGACAGCGAGGCUCCGUUCCCAUUACCUGGUUACAAGAAAAAGACUAUAGUGGGAGCAACAGUAUCUCCGUCUCCACCUCAACCUCCACCUCCACUAUCAUCUUCACAGAAUCAUCCUGCAGCUCCGCCUCUCAACUAUGAGGAACCGGAUUGGAGCGAUUUACCGAAAGAUUCAUACUCCAUGGAAGUUAUCAAGGGCGGCAUGGUUCUUGAAAACGUUGAUUUGCCAAAGAAGAAAUACAUUACUUUUGGGCGACUUCCAAUAUGUGAUAUCCAAAUGGAACAUCCUGUAAAUACGUUUUACUUGUUGAAAAUUGACUUUACCCGAAUGAAUUCAAAUAUUAAGUAUUUUUAUUGUCAGUCUACCUCUAGAUAUCACGCUAUUAUUCAGUUUAAGAAUACAGGACAGGUUUAUUUGUAUGAUUUGGAUAGUGCCCACGGAACAAAAGUUAACAAGCAGCGAAUUAUUUCUCGUAAUUAUGUGGAAUUACGUGUUGGGGAUCAGAUAAAAUUUGGAGAAAGUACUCGAACUUACGUUGUACAGGGACCCGAGCCCGCACCAGCUGUUCAAGAAUCAGGGAAAAAAGUUGGGACAUCAAUACCACGCGCAUAUCUGCCAAAGUCAGCUAUUGAAAGUACAGGAGUUACAUGGGGUUUUGGUGAGGACGCUGAAGAAGAUGACUCGGAAUCCGCCGAACAGUUGACAGGUACAUGGCAGCGGGAUGAAACCGCAUACUAUUACAAAGACCCCAAAAAGGCUCUCAGAAAUUGGCUUGAGAAUCGCGGGUUUUCGCUCGAAUUUGAAUAUGAAGAGGAGGGUCCAGUACAUCAGCGAAAUUUUACUGCACGAGUCCGAUUACCAGACGUUGAAGAUUCGUAUGGGCAGCUGUAUGGUAUUGGAACCAGCACAAAAAAGAGAGAAGCGGAAAGAAUGGCAGCAGUUGACGCCUGCGAGAAGCUUGACAAAUACGGCAUUUUGCGUUCAGGACGUGAUGCUGAAGCAGCCAAAAAAACUAAAACACGUCAAGAACACAAAGCACGAAAAGCAGUGCAACCGAGGGUCGUAACGUAUGAAUCUCUCACAAAACAACAUGAAGAACUUGCCAUCAGAUUGAACGAAGUUCGACGCAAACUUUCUCGGCUAACUGUUACAGCAUCAAAGUCUGCCGAUACGGCCGGGGAAUUGGAUUUAGAUUCAUAUAUGGCGCAGAUCGAUGAAGACAUAAACGAUGAAUCUAAAGCGAAGCUCGAGGCAGAGCUGGAUGACUUGUUGAAGCAAGAACGACAUUUAUUGCGUCUUAUUGAAGUGGCCAAACCAAUGGAUUUUUUCAAAAACACAUGA